GGCUGCUCCUGUCGGGGCCUUCCCCCCGGAGUUGGGCCCGGACUCUCAGGAACCGCUUACCGCACGGACCUGGAAGACCUCUGCCUUCGUCAUUUCCUGCCGGCCCGUCGGUUUCCGGAUAAAACAAGGAAUCAGGAGCCGACGGUGUUAUUUUGGGGGUGCUGGGCAUCAAUAGAGUCACUGACUCUAAAUAACUGCACCGAUGGGGGAAUUCGAACGUCUCCCCACCCACAGCCCAGGAAUCGGAGGAGGAAGGGCCCUAGAGUGAAGCAUGGGCCGCAAACCUGGUUGGCAGCCAGGGAGGACACGCACUCUGCAGGCCUCUUAUAUUGGAAACGGCACAAUUUGGCUUCCUUGUCAUCUUUGAGUAUGAGAGAGAAUCCUAGUUUCAGCAUGUCCUCAAGAGAGACCAAAGAACCAGGAGGAGACAUCCCGGCUUUCCCAGAUUGGGAGGAAAAAUAUGGAAUGUGUUUUACCGCUGACUGAACACAGCCAAAUGAACUGUACUGACAGUAGUUUGAAAACCAGCAGUUAGCAGUUUGCUCAGGCUCUAACAUUGUCCAGCACUUUCCAGAGCAAACUCACUGUUUACAAGAACUCUCAGCCUUACGACGUUUAUAACCUCAAGCUUCGUUUAUUGAAAAUAUUUCUGCGAAAGAAAAGUACCCAGAGUCUACUUUUCAAAAUGGCCUUGAAUGAAUAUUUGUGGAUGGUCAUUUUAGGUUUUAUCAUAGCUUUCAUUUUGGCAUUUUCUGUUGGUGCAAAUGAUGUUGCCAAUUCCUUUGGUACCGCCGUGGGCUCCGGCGUGGUGACCUUGAGGCAGGCGUGCAUUUUGGCUUCGAUAUUCGAAACCACAGGCUCAGUGUUGUUGGGAGCCAAAGUAGGAGAGACCAUCCGAAAAGGUAUCAUCGACGUGAACCUGUACAACGAGACAGUAGAAACACUAAUGGCUGGGGAAGUGAGCGCGAUGGUUGGUUCAGCUGUUUGGCAGCUGAUUGCAUCCUUUCUGAGACUUCCGAUCUCGGGGACUCACUGCAUCGUUGGUGCAACUAUAGGGUUCUCGCUUGUUGCGAUUGGCACAAAAGGUGUGCAAUGGAUGGAGCUUGUCAAGAUCGUUGCUUCUUGGUUUAUAUCUCCACUGUUGUCUGGUUUCAUGUCUGGCAUGCUGUUUGUACUGAUCAGAGUUUUCAUCUUAAAAAAGGAGGACCCUGUUCCCAAUGGCCUCCGGGCACUCCCGGUGUUCUAUGCGGCCACAAUAGCAAUAAACGUCUUCUCCAUCAUGUACACAGGAGCACCAGUGCUCGGCCUGGUCCUGCCCCUGUGGGCCAUCGCGCUCAUCUCCUUCGGGGUGGCCCUGCUCUUCGCCUUCUUCGUGUGGCUCUUCGUGUGUCCCUGGAUGCGGAGAAAAAUAGCAGGCAAAUUACAAAAAGAAGGUGCUUUAACGCGAGUCUCUGAUGAAAGCCUCAAUAAAAUUCAGGAAGCGGAGUCCCCAGUAUUUAAAGAGCUGCCAGGUGCCAAGGCUAAUGACGACAGCACUGUCCCCCUCACGGGGCCGGCCGGGGAGACACCAGUGGCCCCAGAAAGCACGGCGGCGCUGGCGGCGGGCAGCCACCCCCGGGCCUCUUAUGGAAGGGCGCUUUCCAUGACUCACGGCUCUGUGAAAUCGCCCAUCUCCAACGGCACGUUCGGCUUUGACAGCCACAGGAGGAGUGACGGGCACGUGUACCACACGGUGCACAAGGACUCGGGGCUCUACAAGGAUCUGCUGCACAGAAUCCACACGGACCGGGGCCCCGAGGAGCGGCCGGCGCAGGAGAACAACUACAGGCUGCUGCGGCGGAACAACAGCUACACUUGCUACACCGCGGCCAUCUGUGGAAUGCCGGUCCACUCGACUUUCAAAGCCGCUGACUCGUCUGCACCAGAGGACAGUGAAAAGCUGGUGGGUGACACCGUGUCCUAUUCUAAAAAGAGACUUCGCUAUGACAGCUACUCAAGCUACUGCAAUGCAGUAGCCGAAGCGGAGAUAGAGGCAGAGGAGGGAGGUGUGGAAAUGAAGCUGGCGUCUGAGCUGACAGAUCCUGACCAGCCUCGAGAGGACCCUGCAGAAGAAGAGAAAGAAGAGAAAGACACUGCCGAGGUCCACCUUCUGUUCCAUUUUCUGCAGGUCCUUACUGCCUGUUUUGGGUCCUUUGCACACGGUGGCAAUGAUGUGAGUAAUGCCAUCGGUCCCCUGGUAGCUUUGUGGCUGAUUUACGAACAAGGUGCAGUCCUGCAAGAAGCAUCCACGCCUGUCUGGCUGCUGUUUUACGGAGGAGUCGGGAUUUGCACAGGGCUCUGGGUGUGGGGCCGAAGAGUGAUCCAGACCAUGGGGAAGGACCUCACUCCUAUCACGCCAUCCAGCGGCUUCACCAUCGAACUGGCCUCCGCGUUCACGGUGGUGAUCGCCUCCAACGUGGGGCUUCCCGUCAGCACCACGCACUGCAAGGUGGGCUCUGUGGUGGCCGUGGGCUGGAUCCGCUCCCGCAAGGCUGUGGACUGGCGCCUCUUCCGGAACAUCUUUGUGGCCUGGUUUGUGACCGUCCCCGUGGCUGGGUUGUUCAGCGCCGCUGUCAUGGCUCUCCUCAUGUACGGGGUCCUCCCCUAUGUGUGAUUUGUCCUCUUCCAACCGGUAAACAAGGGAUAGUCUGGCGUGGGGAUGUGUGGGAGGCGUGUGCCCGCACGCCACGCAUGUCCACGCGUCCCGCCCACGCACGGGCUGUUUCUCACCAGCUUCUCCAUGCUCCUUCAGGUGGCUCCAAACCACACUGCUCACCUAGGCGGUAGAGGCAUCCUCCAGAGCUAACUUAACUACUGUACAUAGUAAUGUGCAUUCAACUGGUAUUGUGGUGAUAUAACGUGGUGCAGUUACUUAAAUAUAUAUAUACUGUAUACAUAGAAUAGGUAGCAUUAUUUCAAAUAUAUUCAAAAUGGGAGUGGAGGUAAUUGCCUAGAAUUCAAUAUUCAACAAAUCUUUGUACAUAGCGAUUUCAGUGGCAAAUUUUGAGAACCUUGUAAAAGGAAAGCCUAGUUGGGAGAUGCUGUUUUUCCCAUAGAACAUACUGUAAGAUGACUGAGAUACAGGGUGGAUGGUACAAAUCCGGGAAGGUGUGCGCACGUCCGAGUGCUAUUGCAUAAUACUGGAACCAGAGUUCACAAGUGCUUUCACUGAGGAAUCUGUUCAUAUACUGUGUAUUGGUUUGUAAUAUAUGAUAAUUGCUUCUGUAAAUACUUAAAACUGUAAUUUUUUAAUGGUGUGCGCUUCCCUUAUACUUUUUUGAUCAGAGAAUUUUGGAAAGUACCAAAGAAGCAGGGGAAUAGUUUGCCAGUAUUAUAUUUUCAUAUUGUUUGUCUCCCUUCCUCAUGAACCCUGCCGUUACCUGGGCUGCAGCAAGACCACCGUGCUCUGGCCUGCCUGGAGCAGUGGGUGUGGCGAGGCACCAUCCCCCCUCAGGUGCACGUCCCCCUUCCAUUCCCCCGGCCCACCCGCCCCGCCACUGCUGCCACGCGCCAGAUGUUGGUCAGCCCCGCAGUGGCCGUUCACUGUCGUCAGUGUAGAGAAUGUACAGAUGUUAAAGACACGUAAUCACGCACUACGUCUCAAGUCCAGUCUAACUUUCACUCCUGUUCUCCCCUGCAUUCGGAAGAAAGGAAUUCUUGUCUCAAACACUGAGGCGAGUCCUUUAACACUCUAGAAAUUUGGCCUGGGGGAGGUUGAAAUAUCAGACAAUACACUGGAUUUGAGGAUUUCCUUGAGGCCUUUACUUAGCUGAACAUCUUGAUGCUCUACUGUAGUCCCAUUGGAUUCUUUUUUGAUAGUGGGAGGGAGGAAGUAUGACUAAUGUUAGAGCCUGAAACUAUGGAAAUGCUGCUAAAAUUUUUAUAUUGACAGACAUUUUCUCGGUACUUCAUUGUGAUUUUUCAUUAAUCAACCAUAUUAAAUUUAUAAUAAAAAAAUCCCCUUAA